GCGCGAGGGGCGGGGCGGAGAUCGCGCCGAGGGCGGCGGGCGGCCGCGCCAGGGCGGCGCGCGCGUUCCUGGUCAACAUAGAAAUGUGGAGUAUAUUGACUGAAUCCUCAUGCAGACAAGAUCAUUAUGCUAUGUAGAUCUGUGUGACCAGUCCAUUUUCUGUAAAAGAAGAGUCCACCGAAGUGAGUGCUUUAAGACCACUACAGGACUGUGAGCAGCACUCCUUCCACAACAAAACUUCAAGUCACCACACUUGGAUAGAGUAUGGGCACUUCCUGGGGUACAGUCUUUUUCAUGCUGGUGGUAUCCUGUGUUUGUAGUACUGUCUUCCACAGAGACCAGCCAACUUGGUUUGAGGGUGUCUUCCUGUCUUCCAUGUGUCCCAUAAAUGUCAGUGCCAGCACCUUGUAUGGAAUUAUGUUUGAUGCAGGAAGCACUGGAACUCGAAUUCAUGUUUACACCUUUGUGCAGAAAAUACCAGGACAGCUUCCAGUUCUGGAAGGGGAAGUCUUUGAUUCUGUGAAGCCAGGACUUUCUGCUUUUGUAGAUCAGCCUAAGCAGGGUGCUGAGACUGUUGAGGAACUCUUAGAGGUGGCCAAAGACUCAAUUCCCCGAAGUCACUGGAAAAGGACCCCAGUGGUCCUGAAGGCAACAGCAGGACUGCGCUUACUGCCAGAACAGAAAGCCCAGGCUCUGCUCUUUGAGGUGGAGGAGAUCUUCAAGAAGUCACCUUUCCUGGUCCCAGACGACAGUGUUAGCAUCAUGGAUGGAUCCUAUGAAGGUAUAUUGGCUUGGGUCACUGUCAACUUCCUAACAGGUCAGCUACAUGGCCACAGCCAGGAGACUGUGGGGACUCUGGACCUGGGGGGAGCCUCCACCCAAAUCACGUUCCUGCCCCAGUUUGAGAAAACCCUGGAACAAACCCCUAAGGGCUACCUCACUUCCUUUGAGAUGUUUAACAGCACUUAUAAGCUCUAUACACAUAGUUACUUGGGAUUUGGAUUGAAAGCUGCAAGACUAGCAACCCUGGGAGCCUUGGAGACAGAAGGGAUUGAUGGACACACUUUCCGAAGUGCCUGUCUACCAAGAUGGUUGGAAGCAGAGUGGAUCUUUGGGGGUGUAAAAUACCAGUAUGGUGGCAACCAAGAAGGGGAGAUGGGCUUUGAGCCCUGCUACAACGAAGUGCUAAGAGUGGUGCAGGGAAAGCUCCACCAGCCAGAGGAGAUCCGAGGAAGCUCCUUCUAUGCUUUCUCUUACUACUAUGACCGAGCCGUUGAAACCCACAUGAUUGAUUAUGAAAAGGGGGGUGUUUUAAAAGUUGAAGACUUUGAACGAAAAGCCAGGGAAGUGUGUGAUAAUUUGGAGAACUUCACUUCAGGCAGUCCUUUCCUCUGCAUGGAUCUCAGCUACAUCACUGCUCUGCUAAAGGAUGGCUUUGGCUUUGCAGAUAGCACCCUCUUACAGCUCACCAAGAAAGUGAACAACAUAGAGACGGGCUGGGCCUUGGGGGCCACCUUUCACCUGUUGCAGUCUCUGGGCAUCUCCCACUGAGGCCAAGCAUUUCCUCUGAGGCCUGCAUUCACCAACAACCUUUUUAAGGGGAGAAGAAGAGAGGACGUGGUCAUUUUCUGAGCUAGUUUGGGGACAACCUGGAUUGAAUGCAGAAGGUGGCUCUAUCAGGGUGGAGGGACUUUCAUAUUACAGAUCUUGACCUUGAGCCUAGAGAUUUGGAUAGAAUUAAUUUUACAUGUCUAAUGUGAACUAUUACCUAACCAUUUGGGGGCAUAGAUGGCUCUAGAAUUCAAAUCAUCAAGAGUCUUUGUGUGACACAGAGAGCCCUGUGAGCCAAAAAGAGUAACUUUGGAACUCAAUCUUAGAGUAAGAGCUCAGGGACAGGUCCCUGGGAACCAAAGAAAACUUAUUUUAAUCCUUGGAGUGCCUCGUUCCUUUGAACAUUUUUGUUUUCCUCUUACAUGCUAAAUUAAGCUGAUUACUACAAUCCCAUGACCUAUCUGUCACUAUUUUUUUCCUCCCUAUGUACUGUCCUGUCCUGCCUUUUCCAACCUUGUCUGCCCUGGCCCCUCACCUAAAAAAAGAGAGAAAAAUUACUUGGUUUUACUUUCCAUGUGUAAUUAAAAAAGAAAAAAGAAACUAUCAAAAUUUGUGUGAUUCUUUUGUACACUAGCUCCA